CAAACUCAAUACCUGGACAGAACCCACCGCUACAUUGAUGCAGUUACCAGCUCAAGGAGUCCACCUCCAGGUUAAGCAGACGGGUUAGGCGGUGACCAGCUUUUUGCCCAGUCCAAUCUGGCGGGCAGAAUUGACCAGAAAAGAUGAGUUCACAAAAAUUAGAGGUCCCACAAUGGAGCUUGAAAAGGUUUGUCCGAACGCAGGUCUUUGGGGUUGCGUCCAUUCUAGUUCUCUUCUUGUGCGCCUACCUUUUGAGCUCAAAGCAGGACGUCAUCUCGCCAAUGAGGACAGCUGUCAAUCGCUCACUAGCCAGGGGCCGCCCCUCCAGAAAGUUUGGGGAUUUCAGCGCAAACGGCGAGCAGUACUCGCGGGUGUCGGCCCUUCUCGACCGGUUGAAAAUAGAUGAGAUGGAGUCGAAAGUUGUUAUGAGAAGAGCGGCUGUGAAGCGACCACGCUCAGCUGAUACUUUGGUUCUUUCAAGCGGGCUGGCCGGUUGGCAGAGACAGAGGACGGCUGGGAACGGGAAUGAAGCGGAGCUUGGAACAAAGGAUUUGUUUAGAAAAGUUGCAGGGGCCGCAGUGGAGUCACUCAGAGCGAAGAAGGGAGCCGAGGUUUCUGCUGAGGGAUCCCUGGAGGCGGGCGUCAUUCAACAUGAGAAGGGGGAAGGAAGUCCAAGCGCCAAGGGCCGUUUAGCCUUUCCCGGCCUGUCUCGUCAAGAUGAAAACACUGAAACGACACAAAAGUCGAGUCUUUUGGGAAGAGCAGGUUUGUGGGACGAAGGCUCAAUGGUUUGGGACAGUCCAAAAAGCACCGCAGAAUGCGUCAGAGAUGCGGAUGGGUCGGAUGUCUGUCACUACGGAGAAGUGGUGUGUUACGAUGGAGAGCGGGGGAAGCUGGUGCUAGUGGACGAUGAUCGGAAGGGGGAAGCGUUUGCGUCGGAAAUCAUUUUUCAGGACGGGCGCUGGACGCAAGGGAGGCUCCCCCCGGACUCCAAGUGGCCGCUGCCCAUCAACAACAAGAUCGAGGGCGUCUGGGAGAGCGCGGACGUUCUUGCGAACGCGACCUUUUUGGACGGUGGGCUGUGGUUCGUACGUCCGGAAACGGACACCACGAAUCACAUCUGGCACAAUGGACUGUCGUUUACGGGCCUUCUGCAGGCUCAGAUGCGGAAUGCUUCGGGAGCGUUUCCGCCGUUGGAUCACGUCCUCGUGCUCAAUCGAACGGCCGGUACUUCGGGAUACACGGACUACAAUCUCGGCAUGUUGAAGAUCGUUUCUCAGCCGCAGACAAAGCUGGUGUUCACGAAAGACCUCCCGCACAAAAACAGAUUACUCUGCGCCGAGCGCGGCGGGAUCACGAGCUACAAGCCCUCCUGGUCGACGGGACCUCUAGACGCCGCAGAGCUAAGGGCGCGGGCUUACGAACACCUAAAGAUUCCGCAUGUUGACCGCGCGAACUGGACGCGGGUUACGCUGGUUAACCGCCCGUCAGGAUUCCCGCGGCACGUGGAAAACGCGGACGAGGUUACGGAGGCGCUCCGAAAACUGGGUUUGGAGGUUGACCUGGUUCAGGAGGUAGCGAGGCAGUCGCGGAGUUUCCGGGAGCAGGUUCUGACCAUGUCGCAAACGGGAAUCCUCAUCGCCCCGCACGGAGGUGGUUUGGCUAACCUCGCGUGGUUACCCGAAAACGCGGCGGUCAUCGAGCUGUUCCCCAACAAGUGCGUCCAAACGGAGUACCGGAACAUGGCGGCCGUACGAAACUUGAUCUACUUCGGCGUCGAAGCCGUCAAUUACACACAUCCGCAAGUCGGGGCUGAUUUCACCCCUGAAGAAGUUGCAAGGUGUCAAGGCUUGCAUUCGAUAGACCACUCGCAUGACGGCACGUGCAACCAGAUGGUCAAGAACUAUCCGUUUAGAGUGCCGGUAGAAGAGCUUGCAAAAACGGUUCGAUACGCGCUCGAACACUUCUUCAUGCUGCAAGUGCCGUUUCCCAACCAGCGGAGACUCUGA